AGGUGCAUCGAAUUAGAGCUGCAUUAAUAUAGCUACAUGUGGCCGUGGAAGUCUCGAUCGUCGUCAGGCUCUAUAGGAGGUGCAUCCCAGUUGCAGUAGCUUCGACCGCGAGUGCGCCCGAAGCUUAGCGUGCAACCCUCGAGUAUCUCGCAUUCGUGAUCGACUAUUGACGCUGUCAAAAGCGAGACCAUAUGAUACUCGAGAGUACUUGCUUGUAGUUAUGUACUGAUCAGGCAGCCGUUGGGAGCAGAACGCGGCAUUGACGCCCCACUUUGCCGGGUUGCAGGUCAUCUCGUACUCUGCGCCGAGGUGAAUGAACGGCCAGGCUGCCAUAUAAAUUGAGGUCAGGCAGAGCUUCAGAUCCAGAGACCGCACCCCAGAACAUCUGCGCCCUGAUCUGAACGGCUUGUAUGAUCUCGCAACAGGCUUCGAAGAUGGAGAGAUCUACAAAAUGACCAGCUCGCUUGUCGAUGAGCUGCUUAUUGUCAACAUGGAGCAUCCAAUAGCGCUCUUCGGGAGGUCCAAAAGGGUACGCCCAGCACUGGAGUGGAUCGCCCUAUCCUACGACGGUCAGACAGCGGAAGCCGGCCCAGAUCGAGAACACGCAGCAGGUGAAAGGAAGGCGCGCAAGGAGUUGCUACGGGGCGUCGUUCACUUUGAGUUCGUCAAGAUGGCAGCCGACGCAGCUCUGAGCUAUCAAGAGACGCUAGAGUACACAGUGCAAGCGCUUCAGGCCAUAGCAGACGCAUUGCACAGCCAAGCACGCUCAGCAGCUCCCGCAAGCGAGCAAGAGUCAACGCUCAAGAGAGCCUUGCCCCACUUUGCAACGCUCAAGUCUGUCAACCGUGCGGCGUCUGAGAAUGUGCAAGAGUGCAAAGCACGCUCGGCAGAAGCUCGAUCGCUCGUCGAUGAAGCUUUCAUGGGGUUGCAAAACCUCAAAUACGAGAAAGAGUUUCUCGAGCGAGAGAUACGCUCUUGCAAGGACUACGACUCGCAAUUCGAUCGGCUAGAGUUGCACACGGUUGAUGACUUUGCGCGACUGUCAGGCGCGCCAAAGGCAGAAAGCAUGGAUACUGACGAGACGAAGCCGAUUCCCGACGAUCCCCACGAGCUCAUGCUUGCUCGACUCCACUUUGAGCUUUCCGAACGACAAAGACUUGAGCGCGAGAAGAAGACACUGCUGUCUCAAAAGGUCACACUGACAAAGAGCAAUGAUGAGAAGCGAGCGAAACUCGAAGCCCUCGAGAAAAAGCUGGAAGAGUUUGUCGAAUCUGCCAAAGUCAUUCAAUCUAAUCUGGCUCAAGUACAGUAGCGGUCACCAGGGAUUGCAUUGUCUCUGAGAAUACGAUAGCGAGCCUCAUCGCACGACUUGAAGUUUGCAUAGACGGCAUCUAGCUGUUGAAAGUGCCAUCGUCGAUGGCAGAGACGGCCCAUGUGUUGACGGGCGUGCAUUGC